CGUUAAAAUUACAUUCACUGGCGAAGAGAAGUGUUCAAAUAUAACGUUAAUAACACUACACAUCGAUUUCUCUUAAAGACCUAUCAUAUAAGUUGCUUUGUUGUUUGGCUUCAUUUCUGUUCCUUGGGUAGUUGUUUGUGUCAAUAAUGAAUAUGUGAUGAGUUUGAACCCGCGACCCCGGGACGUGCCCAAUCACACGCCUGGAGCGAGGCUUGAGAGGUCCCGCCCGCCCGCCAGCCCUGGAACGCCAUAUAAGGAGAUGUUGUGAGAGUGGCAGGAACUUCGGUGUUGCUGUUUUUGGCUGCGGCGAAAUUCCCGGCUUCGUCCCCUCCCUCUUCUUCGGCUGGUCGUGUCGUCGACUUCCGAGGCCUCUCAUCGCGCGUCCAAGGACGCCCACGGGGAUAUAAAGCCGAUGUUGCCGCAACGGAACUGGCUCGACUGACUCAGAUCCAGAGGUGGGCCUAUCCCGUGGACACACUGCCCCAUUUUGGACAUUUCUGCGAAGUUGGUGGUGGGGUGACCCCUCCACUCCGAGACCUAAUUUUGGACGUAAGGACGAUUCCUACCCAAGUUGUACAUAGCCCGUGUGUCGACUGAGAUUCGACCGAAGCUGUUUUCUCUCGGACACGGGAAGAGCUGGAAUUUGAGCGAUAUUUGAGUCGCGCUCUCCCGGGACAGAGACUGAUAUCACGUCUGACGCCAGGAGAACCGUUUGUGUGUUUGCCAAUUUGAACUCGGACCCCGAGAGGUGGGAGGGCAACCAACGACUUACGGCCGAGGAGAAUAUUUCCGCAUACAGAAACCUUUCAAGAUGAUGCACGAAGGGCGCGUGGUCGGGGACGGGUCGUGGGAGCUGAACGUGCUGGUGACGGACCUGAAGGCCGAGAGGAAACUGCGGGUGGACGGCGACAUGUCCAUAGGAAACGUCAUGAUCAAGCUGGUAGAGUCGCUGGAUGUGGCGAUGGACUGGUCAGAUCACGGCUUCUGGUGGCCGCAGAGGAAUAUGUGGCUGCUGCGCACCCACUGGACGCUGGACAAGUGCGGUGUCCAGGCCGACGCCCAGCUACACUUCACUCCCACCCACAAGAACCUGAGGGUUCAGCUCCCAGACUUGCAGCUGGUCGACCUUAAAGUGGACUUUUCCUACAUGGCAUUCAAUGCCAUCAUGAACGUAUGUGCGAUGUUAGGUAUUCGCCAUCCAGAGGAGUUGUCUUUCAUGAAAAAGGUAGAUGAACGGACUUUGAAACGCGGUGAAAAAAGAGGCAGCUUUAAAAAGAAGAAAGGUGAAAAGUAUUCUUCGCCCGCUUCAUCUGCAAACAAUAGUGAUGCUUCCUACCCUACGACCCCCACCCCCAGCAUGAUGGACGGGACCCUAACAACGCCAAGAAGUGCGAGUAUGCCAGGUAGCCCUUACAGAUCCGGUCCCUUGACGCCAGGGACGCCCCUGACGCCGGGGACACCUAGUGGAUACAACACGUACCCCAGGGUACCCAGCUACAAUGGAACCAGCCCUGUAUCCUCCAGCUACAGCCUCAGUUCCUUCCCAGACAGUCCCUAUAGUGAUGGCAGCAACAUAUCGGCCCUGUCAAUUAGCCCUGCCAAGCCAUCUUCAGAAGCAGUCGCCACCCUGCACAGACCCAAGAACUACGUGGACAGAGCCAGGCUAAAUUCUUUAUGGCUGAACUCCUCUCGGUCCUUGAUGGAGCAGGGCAUCCGAGAGAACGACAUCAUCUUGCUCAGGUUCAAGUACUACUCCUUUUUCGAUCUGAAUCCCAAGUACGACGCAGUCCGCAUCAACCAGAUCUACGAGCAGGCAAAAUGGUCGCUGCUGACGGAAGGGAUUGAGUGUACGGAGGAGGAGGCCAUGAUGUUUGCAGCCUUACAGUUGCAAGUGAACCUCCAGUCAGCCAUGCCCCAGCCAGACAUGAACAAUGCCAACGACUCCACUGAUGACAUCGAUGCAGCUCUCACCGACCUGCAGGUGUCACUGGAGGGGAGCGCCAAGAACUCGGCUGCUGGAGACAUCACCCAGAUACCAGAACUAGCAGACUGGCUCAGGUUCUUCAAGCCGAAGAAGUUCACGCUGAAAUCCUACAAGCGUUACUGGUUCACCUUCAAGGACACCCACCUGGCCUAUUACCACAGCCCAGAGGAGGCCAGUGGAGCUCCCAUCAUGAGGGUCAACCUCAGAGGAUGUGAAGUGACUCCAGAUGUGAACAUCUCAUCAGAGAAGUACUGCAUCAAGCUCCUCAUCCCAUCCACUGAGGGGAUGAACGAAGUCUGGAUCAGGGCAGACUCGGAAACACAAUAUGCCCGCUGGAUGGCGGCAUGCAGAUUGGCAGCGAAGGGAAAGACGAUGGCAGACGCCACCUACGAGUCGGAAGUCCAGAGCAUCACCAACUUCCUGGGCCUACAGCACCCCAAGGAGCCAGUCCCGAGUGUGAACGUCAGCAACAUCAACAUAGAGCCACAGGACUUUGUAUCACAAAGACAUGUCAAGAAGUUCAAGGCAAAGUCGCUGACGGCCCGUAUUCUGGAGGCACACGCCAACGUGGCCAACCUGGCUCUGAUGGAGGCUAAGCUGAACUACAUCAGGGCGUGGCAGGCCCUGCCUGAAUUUGGCAUCACACACUUUGUAGUUAGGUUCAGGGGCAACAAGAAGGAGGACCUGCUGGGUGUUGCCUUUAACCGCAUCAUGCGUAUGGACCUCCACACCGGCGACGCCCUCAAGACGUGGCGCUACAACUCCAUGAAGCACUGGAAUGUCAACUGGGAGGUGAAGGAGGUCUUGGUGCAGUUCGAGGACGAGCAGGUGUCCUUCGCGUGCCUGAGCGCAGACUGCAAGAUCGUUCACGAGUUCAUCGGAGGCUACAUUUUCAACUCCAUGCGCUCCAAGGAUCAGAACCAAACCCUGAACGAGGAGCUAUUUCACAAGCUGACAGGGGGAUGGGAAACAAUUUAACAUUAGUUUGUCCUAUUAAUGUUAAAGUAGAAUGUAGACAGAUGAAUGUUAUCAUACACAUUUGUACAGAAUCAUUGAGAUGUAGAAAUGAUUGAUUAAUUAAACAAGCUUUAAAAUGGUAGUAGGUUCUACUGGCCUGUGCCCACAGGUAUUAACUGUUAAC